GUAACAACCGUCAGUCGUCACUUUUUACUGUUUUUGUGACAAAUUAGCAGCUGAAUUUUUUUAUUUGCCUUUUCUGUUUUCAAUUUAAUUUCAAAAUUGUAAAAAGUGAGGAAAAGACACAAAAAUGAACCGAAAAUUAACGAUAUUGGUCGCUUUGCUGUCGAUCAGCUUCUGCGUGUUGGGCAGUGCAAUUAAAUCAACAAAGGAAAAAGUCUCUUAUGAAAACUACAAAGUGUACAAAAUCGUUCCCCAAAGCGACGAAGAUAUCGAAGUUCUGAGCGAAUUAGACAAAAAUGCUGAUUUCUACGGCUUGGAUUUCUUCCGACACGACAAAGUUCGAGGACAUCCAGCGGAAAUUAUGGUUGAACCGGAUUCGCAAAAGCCUUUUGAGGAAGUUUUGGAUAAGCAUCACAUCGAUUUUGAAGUUACGAUUGAAAAUUUGCAAAAAGCUUUGGAUGAGGAGGAACUCGAAAAUAACAAACCAACUUUUCGACGUACUUUGAACAAGAAAUCUGGUUCAUUGGACUUGACGAAAUAUUACAAGUACAACGAAAUGAUGGAUUGGAUCGUGGAUUUGGAAAAAAGAUAUCCAAAAACUGUUCAAGUUUACUCCGGCGGAAAGUCUUAUGAAGAUCGGGAUAUCCCAGUUGUCAUUAUUACGAACGGCGAUGGCAAUAUGAACAAAAAUACGAUCGUUGUUGAUGCUGGAAUUCAUGCUCGAGAAUGGAUUGCACCUGCAGAAGCUCUUUACAUGAUCAGUCAACUUGCUGAGAACGCAACUGCUCACGACGCCAUCCUCCGUACCCUCAAUUGGGUCAUUAUGCCAAUUGUCAACCCCGAUGGUUAUGCCCAUACUCAAACAGCUCGCAUGUGGCGUAAAACUCGCAAACCCUCAUCAAGUUCUUGCUUCGGCACCGACGCAAAUCGCAAUUUCGGCUUCGAAUGGGGCGGCGUUGGCGCAAGCAAAGACCCUUGCUCCGACACGUAUCGCGGCGAAAUGGCAUUUUCCGAAUACGAAGCGCAAACUGUUCGCAACGUUCUCCAAAAUUUCCAAUCUCAAGCGAAAUUCUACUUGACUUUGCACUCGUACGGCAAUUAUUUGUUGUAUCCAUGGGGUUACACGAGCGAUUUGCCCGAAAAUUGGAAGGAAAUUGACGAUCUCGCGCAAGCAGGCGGAAAAGCAAUUCGUGAAGCGACAGGCACGCGAUACACAAUUGGAUCGUCGACAAAUGUUUUGUAUGCCGCAGCGGGAGGCAGUGACGAUUAUGCGUUGGGAGCUUUGGGAAUUCCGUUUUCGAUCACGAUGGAAUUGCCACGCGGCGGAGUUGCUGGAUUUGAUCCGCCGCCAAGUGCAAUUGCGGGACUUGUGUCGGAAACGUGGAUCGGAAUUGAAGCGAUGGCGAGACAUCUUGCGAAAUAUUAUUCGGUUCGAGGCAAUGAGUCGAAAAAUGAAAUGACGUUUGAACGAUUUUAGACUUUUUAAGGCAAUUUUAAUUUAUUCUCUUCGAAAAAAAAAAUAA